GCAAGUCACGCUCGUAUUCGGGGAAUCGAGGUUGGUCGAGCAGUAUGCCGCGGCGGAGUACUGCGCGAACAGAUCCAGCUGCGUGUAGACAGUGGUCGAGACAUCUCGAAUAUCGACCGGAGCAGCCACAACCAAGGCCGCAAGAGCGGCCACCACUCCGCUCAACCGAGUGAUAUAUACCAUACUUGCGGUUUGGAGUAUAUAUACAAUACAAUCAAUUCAGAUCAGGUCGAUAACCAAAACGAACAAGCAAGGAGCAGCGUCAAUGGCACUGGAAUAUCGGCAGACGCAGACGCUUCACCAACACCGGCACAUCCAGAGCACAGAACGAAACGAGACUCUCUCAUCCCUCUCGCCCCAUGACUCUUUAUAUACAGUCAGCACUCCGUGCCAAUUCGGCCCCUCCCCCUUUCUUCACGCCGAGGCCAAGAAGCGCAAAAAGGAAAAAGGAAAAAGAAAAAACCCCUCCAUCAGCUCUUCAAUCAGAACGCCAAUGAAGACCCCCAGCAUUCCGCAGAGAAGAGACAGAAUGAGCGGGGUAGGGAAGAAAAAACAACAGACACCCCCAAGCACAUCACGAACACCCUCUAUCCCUACCCGGUGGUUGGCUCCACCUCCCUAUCCUAGCUCCAGAGAGAGAGAGACGCAUCCCUCCGGAAGAAACGAGUACUUGGCCCCGGACACCUCGGCGUCAGCGUCAAAGGCAUAGAAAGGAGGGACUCCUGCGCGGACUCCGUUGUGUUCUGGAAUGCCGGGCUCCACCACCCCCACAACGAAGGAUAUCCACCGCGGUAAACGUAGAGACCAUCAUCAGUCCACUUUCUCCGGGCCACCUCAGCAUCCAAUGAUUCCUCAUAAGAGUAAAACCCCAGUGGGCUAAAGCUCUACAUGCUAAAGUAUAAUAGAGUGAACAAGUGGGCGAGUCUCUCUGGAUUCGGGGGCACGCGGAUGGUAACUGGAUCCGGAUGAGAUCCAUAGACAGGCUGAGAGAGGGCAAGAAAAACGGAACGAAGACCUCGCCGAGAAGAGAGCAUCAACCGACGGAAGUAUCGGGAGUGUACAUCAGCCCUCAACCCAUAGGCAAG